UUCCUUUGUCGUGUCUUUUCAGGCCGUAUGUUUAUGCUGUCCACUCAGAGCAGCCCGAUGCCUACGGACAUCGAAUGGGUCCACUCAGCAGUGAGCUGGACAACCCUCUGAGGGAAAUCGACAACAUCAUUGGUCAGCUAAUGAAUGGACUGAAGCAGAUGAACCUGCACCGCUGCAUCAAUCUCAUCAUUGUAGGAGACCACGGGAUGGAGGAGGCCCACUGCGACAGGACAGAGUUUCUCAGCAGCUACCCACUCAACAUAGACGAGAUCAUGCUGAUCCCUGGCUCGCUGGGCAGAAUACGACCCCGUGAGCCAAAAUCGACCAUGUAUGACCCAAAAGUUGUGGUUGCAAACCUCACUUGCAAAAUGCCAGCUCAGCACUUCAAGCCAUACCUGAAACGGGAUUUACCCAAGAGGCUUCACUACGCCAACAACAGACGGAUUGAGGAUGUCCAUCUGCUGAUGGAGAGGAAGUGGCACAUUGCCAGGAAAAUGCCAGAAAAACCGAGGACUCGGUGUGGUUUCUUCGGUGAUCACGGCUUUGACAACAAGAUAACCAGCAUGAGGGUACUCCUGCAGGACGGAAGCUCUAAAGGGCUGGAGGUGGACACUCCUGGCCUAGAUAAUAACACUAAUGUUAUCAUUACUAUUAUAAUAGUGUGUCCUCUGAUUGUUCGUGCUUUAGACUUGUUGGGAUUGAAGCCAGUUCCAAACAACGGGACACACGGCAGUCUGAACGACCUGCUGAAAGAUCCGCCUUUCCAACCCAGCAUGCCAGAGGAAGUCACGGCACCGUCGCCGCCGUCCGACGCCGAAAUCAGCCACGACCUGGGCUGCAGCUGUGACGAUGAGAACAAAGUGGAGAUCACUGGACCGUUCACGCGUGCAUCAGAUGGGGUCUACAGUUAUAACAGCACCCAGCUGCCGUUUGGUCGACCAGCGGUGAUGUUUGACACUCAGUACAGUCUUCUUCAUCAUGUGGAGUUCAUCAGUGGAUACAGCAAAGAGCUAGCCAUGCCCCUGUGGACAUCAUACACACUGCCACCACAGGAGGACAUGACUCCUAUACCAGAUGCUUCUCCGAGUGCUAAGUGCAUCCGAGUCGACGCCAGAGUGUCAGCUGAUCACAGUCACAGCUGCAGCGCCUACGGCCAGAACACCCACCUCACAUAUGGCUUCCUCUUCCCCCCAGAGCUGGCAACAUCUCCCGAGUCCAGAUAUGACGCUUCGCUCAUCACCAACACUGUCCCCAUGUACCCCGCCUUCAAGAGAGUGUGGAGUUACCUACAAGGCACGCUGCUGCGGCGUUACGCCGAGGCCAACAAUGGGAUCAACGUUCUCUGCGGCCCUGUUUUUGAUUACAACUACGACGGCCUUCGAGACACCACCGAGAAGAUAAAAGAGUUCUCAGCUGAUGGCUUCCCCGUUCCCACCCACUUCUACACUGUGAUUACAAGCUGCCAGGAGGUGAACCAGACGGUUGAUGAGUGUGACGGAGCGCUAAAGGUUUUCUCCUUCCUUCUUCCUAACAAGCCAGACAACAGUGAGGCAUGCAGUAGCGCCGAGGAUGAAUCGAAGUGGGUCGAAGACAUGCUGAAGCUCCACACAGCCCGAGUACGAGAUGUGGAGAUCCUUACGGGCCUGGACCUCUACAGAUCCACAAACCUCACAUACACCAACACCCUAAUUCUCAAAACCUACCUGGAGACCUUUGAGAGGGACGAGUAGGAGCCAGAGACAGAGAUGAUCAUAUAGGAUGUAACCCUUUGUCAAAUGUCUGCAUUUUUAUUGCAUGCUCUUUGGAAAGACGACAUAAUGCUGUUCCACUGCUGAAGAACCGCCCAAGAAGCGCUUGGAAAGGGAACACAUAUUUGAAAAUUACAAGAAUGGUUUGUUAUGACAGGAAUAUUCAACCCUAGCUAUGGAAUCUGUUUAGGAAUAAGCUAUCACAGGAAAGAUGCAUUCUAACGCACACAUCAAGAACCACACCAGUAUUUUAUGUCUGUGCCUGAAAGUGAUUUCUCCUUCACAUCUCUACUGGCAUAAGCACUGCAUGCUAUGAGAUUUAAUAUUUAAAGUUAAAUGUGUUUAGUCAUUUAGAAAAAUCCAUUCUUGAUAGUCUUCGAUCAUGGAAGUUUUCAUUGCAAACUGUAAGAAAAUAACACGCAAAUAAGAUCAAAGUGGUUAAAAAAUGACAUGAAAAAUGAGAACAUAUCAACCAGGCUUUCUUUCUUCAAUCUUGUAGUUUGACCUGUUCACAGCAGCCAGUAUAACAGGUGAAAUCACAAACUUUUAUUUCAACAUACCCCCAAAUUAGUCACUGAGUCUGUAAACUCAUCAAAAGGUUGAUCAAACUUCUACAGCCUUCAGCUUUAGGGCACGUCUGCACUGGCUUAACUUUACUUCCCUGUUUCAUACUGCCUGUGCCACUAAUAUAAGACUAUGAUUAUGGGCAGAGUUUUCCCAAAUGGAAAAAAAGUGAACACAUAUUUGUUCUGAAAAUGUAGCACUUCUUUUUUACAAAACCCAACUUUAUCCGUUUGUCCCUAAACCACUUGAUGGUGACCUAGCAGAUGUUAAGAGUUUAAAGGCUAAAAUGUGCAAAUUUGCUGGUGUUUAGUUUUUGAUUCCAUGAUGAUUUAACCAACACUUGUGUGACAGUGAAUCCAACAGGCCUAACCUACCAUAGUCCUGCACCUACAGUGAAAAACUGUCGUUGUGAUUUCAUAAGCACCUGCUUGUUAUCUCUUCAGCUAACUCUGUCAAAAGGUGUGAAUUUUUCUACAAUUUAUCAUAUUUAUAAUAACUUUGGCACUCGUCCAUCCUGCUAGCCAUCGCUUCUCCGAUUCUGUUCAGUGUUGGGCAGCUGAAGCUGAAACCGAGCAAUCAUUGGGUGAAAGGUGGGGUACACCCUAUAUAGGUUUCCAAUCCUCCGCAGCGCUUACAUCUGAGACAUGCAUUCACAUUCACACCUUUGGGAGGAAACCGGAGUACGUGCAGGAAGCCCAUGCCAGCACAAGGACAGCACGCCAAUUCCAGGCUUGUUUUCUUGCUUUUCCCGUUCUAACAAUGUACUCACAAUCACAACAAAGGCGUGUGGUUUGGAGCAUGUCCAGUUUAAAAACAAGAACUCUCAUAACUCUAAUGCAUUCAUCUCAGUCCAAUUGAUUACUAUUUUGCAAACUGAAUGCAGACAUUAGGUGUGCAAAGAGGCUGUUGUAAAACCACGUUUCUCUGCAGCACAGUGUAGUAUAGCCGAGAUACUGAAAACACAAAUUAAAAUGAAUAUCGUUUGACCUUCACUUUGAUUUUGAACCAACUGAGUUACAACAUGAUAGCUUAAAAUGAGACCUAACCUAGAAAACAUGGAAGUGUCCUUUAGUUCUGUUUAAAGAGGCGACACUGAUGUCAUCUGUCUGACGUUAUCUGUUUAUCCAAAUUCAACUUUGCUUCCGCACCUUUAUUUCUACACCGAUAAGUCAGAACCUGCAUUUUUUUUCACGUUUGGCACUUUGUAACAUUAGCCCAUUGUUACCAUACCUAACUACUCGUGACUGCGUAGCCAUAGUCAUGGUAAUAAGUAAAAGGAUCAAUAAAAAGUCAGUUAAUAGACCUGUCAAGAUGUGUAUGAAGCCAUGUUUAUUCUUGUAGUCUUUCAAAUAAAAUCUGUAGAGUAGUGGAAACAUUCA